AUAGAAGAUUUAUAUGCUAAUAAAAAUGCCAGUAAGUUUAUUAGAGAGAGGUUAAUUAGUAAUUAUGUGCAGGGAAGGAUGCUAUAAACCAAGUUCAAAAUCCGUGAUCUUUGAUCUGCUAUGAUAAAAGCAAAAGUAAUAGCUGUUACUUUUAACAGCUGUUCAACAAAUAGAGGAGAAGAAUUUGAGUCGUCUCUUACUGUAACAUCUUCACAAUGUCCAAUUUCAGCGACUACUUACCUCUCAUUGUCUUACUGUCGAGUGUUUUGCUGACUGAACAGGCUUCAGAACCCAGUUGCACUGACAUUGCCGACUUUGGUAAUUGCUUGGGUAAUACAGAAGGCUUCUGUCCAAAGGAUAUUGUUUGCGGGUGUAAAGGCAACAAACCUUUUUGCAAAUGUCCUUACUUCCGAGGCCUCUGGGGAGAUUACUGGUACAUGGGUCACAAAUGUGAACAACUCUGGAAUACUUUGGACUUGAUUUUAGUAACUGUACUUCCUGCAGUAGCACUGGCUUUCCUAGUUGGUGUAAUAAUACAGUGUGUCUACUACUGUAAAAACAAGUCAAAUAAAAGUGUUAAAGGAGCUAGGAAACAGGCAAGACAAACAAAACUCGAGUCACAGCAUAACCCUGUGUUUGUACCUGAGCUGGGUGAUAACUCAAGAUAUGUUUCUCAACAGCAGUGGGCUAAGGAUGACUGGACCACCGAGAAUAUUAAAAUGCCAAAAAUUCAACUGCAAAGCCAAAGUUUUGGGCAAUCACAGUCACCUGGUGAAGUAGAAGUUUACAGCUAUAUACCAUAUCAGCCAUCAGGAAGACCAGUUCCAGCAGCAGACAGUUCUUUCAGCCUCCAAUCUCCUCAGCGUAACCAGUUUGGCUAUCAGAACAGUCAUAUUCCUAAUGUGGAUUAUGAAGAGGACAACCCCAUUCCAGCUAUGUCUGGGAGGCAAUUUCCUAAAUCUGGCAUACCGGAGUUUUCUAGGUCUGACAGGUUUCAGAAUGUUGCUCAACCAAUGGAUAAUCCAAACGCUGGAAGACCAGUAAGGCCUUAUGAACUAGGACGCUCACAAAGAUAUAUGUAACUACAAGAAAGCUUUAUAAGAAAGGGAUCAUCUAUAGAAUAUUAUUCAUUAUAAAACAAAAUUCAGGUUGUUUCUGAAAAUCUUAUUUUGUUUCCUGAUUGAUAUAGUCCUAAUUUUCUUUCUGAAGACUUGAUUAUGCAGUUCGAUAGCUGUUUCUAAGUAGUGCCCUAACUGUUGCAUAUCUGUCAUGACAAAAAGAUCUUUUGUGUUCAGGUGUGUGUGUGGGGGGGA